AUGAUUUUUAUUAUAGUAGCAAGUGGUGAGGGUGGAAAGUGGCAUGUUCUCCUUGAUGUUCAACACUUUUCCCCAGCAGAACUAAGUGUCAGGACUGUAGAACAGGUUCUUGAGGUUGAAGGUAAACAUGAAGAAAAGGAGGACGCACAUGGAGUUGUCUCGCGACACUUUUGUCGGAAAUAUAUUAUUCCAUCGGAGUUCGAACCAGAAUCUGCUACUUCCGGUAUUAGUAAGGAUGGAAUUCUGACUAUUACUGUAGAUAGAAAGCCUUUGGAGAAACCAAAACCUAGCAGUAGAUCUGUUCCUAUUCAUACUAGAGAGGAGGCCUCUGCCACCAUGGACUAAACAUUAGCUGUGACAGCGCACCUUUCUUAAAAAUCAAAUUAUUCUAUGAUUAAAUUCAAUAUUAAAUCAACGUAAAUAUGUAUUGCUAAUAUAUUUGUAUAUUUUAAAUAU